GAUUUCAAAACGUGCUCAAGUCGACGGUCCCAGUAAUGGGACAAAAAAUCCUGUACUUAUACGCCUACCAACAAUUUGUUUGGUACAUGUUCCUCAGCGCCCAAGACCAAACAUCCGGCUCCACUGUUGAUAACGCUAGCUGUUCCACAACUGCAAUCCUAGCCAUACCGAAACGUCUGCGAAGUGCGAACCACGCGUGACCGUCAAAUGGCUGGACGAAGCUGGGUCGCAGCGCUGGACGGCCUUCCUGGCUUGUCAACGGCGGAGAAAGGCAAGGCGCGCGUCUUGCUUCUGCGGAAAUCUCAGGAGGAGGCCUCGCUGCUUGUCUCGGGCUUACCAGACGUGGCUGCAGAGGCAAUAAAGGAGAUCCUUCGCCAGGAAGGUCGCAAAUGCGGAAGCCGAGCAAAUGCAAACCGAGGGCCUCCUGCUGAAUUUCUUGAGGUUGGGGCGAGGCCCCGGACGCGGAGAGGGGUGCGGAGAGGUGGAAGGAAAGUAUCGAGAGGGGACAAGGGCUGCGACCAGGGGAGUUCAAGAGGCUGGCUCCGAGUAGCCUAGGCUAGGCUCAACGUGUCGAUGAGGGGUGUACCUGCAUCCGCCAGAGCUUCGCAGCCCUCGGGCUCUGGCCCUUACGCGGCGGCUGGCCUGGGCAUAACAAGAGCUGGCUCCGCCACGCCAAAUGCUGAUGCGCAGCCGCCAAUCACCAUGGCGGCGCCGAAGGAGGUGCUGGAGGGGCAGGCGGCCACGACGAAGCAGGCGCUGGAGGGGCAGGCGGCCACCCUCAAUGAGACGCUGAAGGAGGUGCUGGAGGAGCAGGCGGCCACGACGAAGCAGGCGCUGGAGGCCUUGAAGGAGGCGCUGACUGACAACAGGGCGACCUGGCCUUUCCCAGUCUCAACAGUUGACUGGAACCAGCUGGAGCAGAGCUGGGCUGCGUACCUGACCGAGGUGCCUAUCAAGAAGAAGAUGUCCUGACUAGUUGGGAUUGUGGCGCGCUUGUGUGCAUCGUGUGGGUGUGCGCGUGGAGAUUCGGAUGGCUGGGAGGCGUGGCGCCUGUGGCGCUGGCUGUACUGGCGCUGCUGGGCGCGCGGUACUGGCGCCUCGCCGCUGACACAACGCGGCGGAUGUGGGCAGCGGCGUGGGCUGGCCUGUCAGCGGCGGUGUGGGCUGGUGCUGACACGGCGCGCGAGGCGUUCUGGUGGGCGUGCUUCACGGCGGUCUUGCGGUGUGCGCAGCUUGCUGUGCGGGCGCUGCUAUGGCUCGUGUUGUGGGUUCCGCUGACCACCGGUAUUGGCACGCUGACCGCGCUUGGCGACAGCUGGCCGCUGGCUGCAACACUGGUCAUCCUAGUCAUCCUUUCAGCAGUGGUGGUGAAGGCGGUCUGGCACGGCCGGAUGCCUCCAGCCCGACACGAGCGCCAACCUGACGUGGCUGAUGGCCGACUUGAGGUUCGCUACCGUAUGUGCAUGUCGCUCUUGUCCUGGCGCUUCCUGGUGGCGGCCCAGAAGUGUGGAGCGUUCGUGCUGGCGGUGUGGCUCAAGUGCGAGCAGUGGAAAGGGCUGGUCGCGGCUGUUUGCUGGGGGUUGCAUAUCCGGCCGUCCGGAGGUGGAAACACUGAGGCCGAGGCGCUGACAGCGGGGGGUGGCUGCUAGCCAAUAUAUUACCAUGAUGUAUGGGCGCGGCUAGCUGUCUGCGCAUGCAUAAAUGUACCAAUAUCAGUGGGACAGCGGGUUGGUCAAGCCCGACUGCCUGGCGAGUUUUGUGUGUUUCUGUGGAUGUCGAUCGUGUGGUUUGCCAUGCCGCUGCUGUCGACGUGCCGCCGUCUUUCAUGCAUUCAUGUUAUAUCGCAAGUAAACUCAUGCGCACCUGUCGGCUGCGGCCUGCAUGCAUAGCUAUGAGGUUUGUACCAUGAUUGCUUUGUAGGAUUACAAUACUGCUUCGCGGAGUGGUUUGCGUGUGUGUGUGUGUGUGUGUGUGUGGUUGGGUGUGGAAUUGCGCGUGUCGGACCACGCUGCACGGGGUUAGCCAGACGCGGGCGCGUACAUAGGCUAAGCGCACAAUACUUAGGACAGGGAGGUACGAUUGACGCCAUCAAUGCCAUGUUCAAUUACAGCGCCAUGGUGUCUGGGUCUGGGUCGGCAGCAGGUGGUCACGGCUGGGGGACAUGCGGGUCGGGCUUUGACGUCGCCCCAAGUGCUGCGUUUUAGUGUAUCGGCUAUCUCCGACUUCUGGGGUCGGCUGAGUCUUUUGUUGCCCGAAAGGCUGGGACGCGGUGCCCUCUCAGCACCCGUUCCUUGCGCGGGGUCCUGGGAACUGCCUGCUGGUGCUACCUGAUGAUGUGGACUCCCCGCCUCCCUCGCCUUAACCCUGCCUUUGGGGUGUAGGCGUCGGGUGCCUGGGCUACGGUUUUUGGUUGUUUCGUGCUGGUUUUUUGUACUGGCCUUGCGUUUGAUUGGGCGUCGCCAGGCUAUGUGUCUGGAGUACCUGGUUUUACGUUAGGUGCUGUAGCCCAGGCUUCGUGCGCAGACGCGGUUUGCUACGCGCUGGUGGGGCUUUGGCGGGCUUCGGCUUGGCUUCGUCUCGCGGUGUAGCAGCUGAGACACGCUUUUUGCGCAGACACAAUGCACGGUUUGGUGAAGGUCGGCAGACAACUGAUGAUGAUGUGUUUCAGGGUUGGAAGUGUGCGACCCUGAACCUGUAACGAGACUAACCGAGCCGCAAGGGCUCCUCGUCUCUCAUAUUAGCAUUGUUGUGAGCUUCAUGCACACGCAAGGCAGAAUCUCUCAACCUCAGAAGCUUGUUACGUCUAGCCCAGAUAUCGCUAGCAUGUUUUGAUCCGCAUCAUUCAUGGUCUGUUGCAUAUUGCCACAGGGAAGUCCGUACCGUAACUUUUUCUUAUGUCAAAAGGGUACGCGUGGCGUUCAUCCUCAACGCCAUGAUUGCAGCAGUAACAACGCCUCUCACUUCUCGGCAGAUGCUGGUUCCUAUUUGCAGAUAGAGGCCAGCAACACAUGCGGAACCUCAUCAAGCCUCUGUGGGCUUAUCCAUCCUCCAAUCCAGCUGUAGGCGCCUCUCUUCUUUCAGCACGCGCACGGUCAUUCAUCAAGCGCGCUCCUGCUCCUGCUGGCGGCCCUGCCCCUCAGCAGCUGCGGCCGCCCGGAGUACCGGUGAAGCCACUCGGGCCUAGGUGCCCUCGCGCCCAUACAUCCAUCCACUGCAUGGUGCACUGUGCCACUUCUCACGCCUUGCCGGUGCUGGAUUGGGAACUUGCCGGUGCCCACUUGUGUGCUGGUGCAGCCCAUGUUCUCCUCCGGCGCGCAGGCCGCUUGCGUGCCGGGCUCAGACUGAGCCGCGCUCAGUCAAAUAACCUGAUUGGAGUAGCCCAGCGACUGACCCAGCUUGCCACAGGCACGCGGCAUCCGUGCCUUCCUCUCGCGGCUGUUAAAGGUGCUAAAGCGCUGCGGGGUACGUGGGCUAGUGGUGAAUGCCAGUAAGUGCUGGUGGUCUGUGGACGGCUGGGCUUGGGCUGGGUUGUGGUCCAUGUUAAGUGUACGCCUGCUGGGCUGUGGUGCAGUGCUGCCGGCCUGCCAAACAUUCUGUGUGUGUGUGUGGGGGGGGGGGGUAGCCAUCCAUGGGAUGGUGUGUAUCAAAUAUGAAGUGAAGUGCCGACGUCCAGAGGUACAGCGGGCACACGCGACGCAUUCCAUACCGUUGUUUCGCCAGCGGCAGGCUGCUGGUUCCCCCGUGUUUCCGUGGCGGCUAACGCUAAAAUACUAAGUUCCUAUUGAAAGCAAGUAGUCUGGAGUAGUAGUGGUGAUAGGUAAGGCUCGUUGGUAAAGAAGCUGAGUGCAUGCGUCUAGGUGGCUAGCUUAGCUGCUGCGGCGCGAAACCGGGACCCC